AUGGCGGACCAAUCGACGACUUGUUUGGCGAGAAGUGUUGAAGUGGCAAGAAGAGAACUCAAUAAUCUACGGCGUGAUUUAAAUUCCAUGAAAAAGAUGUUUAUUCAAAAGUUUAAGGAAGUUAAAGAAUUGAUCGAAAAAGGUGAGACUAAAACUUUGCAUAGCCAUUGUCUUUAAUUUCCCUUGGGACAGACCUUGCUUACAAUGUAGAAGAUUAGCCCAUGCUCGAUAUAUUAAAACUCUAACGUGUCUCCAAGGCUUUAGGGAUAAAAUUGCAAUUUUUUUUUACAACUUCGUUGUCUCGCAAAUCCCCGAAGAGACUUGAGCGCAAAGAAAAUCAAAAAUAGAAAAAUGACCAGAAAGCCUCGGAGUCAUGGUAGAAUUUUAGAAGCAACUACAGAACAUAGCCAUAUUUUAAGGGCUUAAACAAAAGUGGCUCAGUGGCCCUCUAGUCAUGACAAGUGUUUAAAGAACAAGAAAGAUAUAACACAUAUAAGACGUAAAAGUAUAAAAUUUAAAGAACAAGUAAAAGUAUGUGUUUUUGUGGCUCAACAACAACAACAAAACAACAAUAACUUUAUUUAUCCAUGGUUAAGAAAUCAUCAGGCCAAGUGAACUACUAAAAUUAAUGAUUGUAACCUACAUAACUAAUUAAAACUUUAACUAAUUAACUGUAAAAAAUUAAGUCUGCUUUACGUGAUUGCCGUGAUUAUCAACAUAUUUCAUUGGCUUGAUCGUUCGUCAGUCGAGGUUAGUGUCUUAACGAAUGAGAAAGGUAUGUAUAAUGGUGGUUUGGUGGUUCUUCAGUCAAGGUUUCAUAGUUUAGUGGCUCAAUGACUUGGUUGCUCGUCAGUCGGGACAACCGAGCCGCCCACGACACCUAGAGGAUUUGCCUAAUAUUCUAAUUCUGUGGUUAAGCCAAAUUUUACUAUAUGGAAUGUGGGCUAAUGAGCAAAUUGAAGGUGUCAUACAGCUGAAAAACUACCUCCUGAGCAGUGCACCACUAUAGCAUAGUAAUGCCCAAUUUCAUGUUUUAUAGAGAAUGUAAGCAAGCAACAACGAAAUUUUAUUUCUCUCUCUGAGCCUGAAUAUGGUCCUUAGGAAUUCAACUCGAGUUUGGUUCACUACAUUUGACAAAGGCAGUGGGUAGAAAACUGAAAGAACUUAAAUUUACAGCAGGCUCACGUUAAGCAGAUGCAUUUCUGGACAUAAGUGGAGACAUGUUAAGGCAGCAGUUAUAAUCAUAAGCAAAUGGGUGAGAGCCCUGACUUGUUUUUAAACAGGUUUUACCUGUUCGAAGUUGUGAAGUUGCGAAUCGAGCUCAAAUAAACGGUUACAUUAUACGCCCUUAGUUCCCGUUAAUAGUCCUCCUACUAGUCCGUUCACCACUGUCCUGUACGCAAAUCAAGUUCCUUUUUGCUUCGAAUGUUAACGCUCAUUCCGCAUCUAAUUAUCGUACAUUAAGUCUCUUGAGACCCGACACUACAUCUCCCCCUUUUUUUCUAGUGUGGCUCAAAGUCUCUGUAAAUAGUGUUCCAAGUAGACGUUCUUGCACGCGCUGAUCUUCUUGGCCCGCUUACUGCAAUAUCGUCUGGCUGCUGUUGAUGUCCCUCCGUUUCCGUCGCUCCUAGGGAUGUUGGUGGACCAUCUGGCUCGUUACGUGGACUGCCAAUUGUCAUCUCACUGGAUGCGCCGAGGUUGUCGGGUUGCAAUCGCAAAUCUUCCCUGGCUCCUGUUUCAGUUUCCUCCGCACUGGAUGUAUCCAGACCUUCUUGGUCCAAAUCCACAGCUACGUACUCAUCCUCCCUCGCGUGCCUCAGCAACUUACCAUGGGAUGAAUUCCGGGAUUUAAUCUCCCUACCCCUUUUCACGGUGAUCAUACUUCCUUUCACGCCUAUUACUGAGAAGGGUCGGGGGUCAAAUGCUCGGGUGAGAACAUCUGCUUUGCUCUGCUUCAAAAGAACUUGGUCUCCAACCACUAUAAGGCUUUCCCGGGCGAUCCGCCUCUUGUCUGCGUACUCUUUCAUCUGCUUCUUUUUAGCCGCGUCUCUUUGUCUGAUUGGGUCGUAUGGAAUUUCUCCUGCAGGUACGAUCCUUUCCGGUAGCUUCCUCCGUAGCUUUCGGCCGAACAUGAGCAUGUCAGGGCUUUCCUUUGUCGUUGGGUGGGGUGUGGCGCGAUAGCUGCCAACCGUUCUUUGCACUCCCUCCCGAAUAGCUUUUCCUUCAAGUUUAGAAAUUCUCGCACUCUUCGUGAGGGUUUGCAUGAAACACUCCACGUCACCAUUAGCUUCAGCCCACCCAGGGGUGACCUUUCGGUUUCUGAACCAUUGUUCCUGAGCAAAGUUCGCAAACUUUGAUCCAUUAAACGGGGGCCCAUUAUGCGAUUUGAUCUCUUCGGGGAUCCCGUACGUGUUGAACACGGGCGUAAAUAGGGGAAUGACGUAAUCAGCAGAAGUACUUGAUGUAAACUCAACGACUGGAUACCCGGCAUACUGGUCCCAAAAGACCAACGCCAUGUCUUUGUUUCGUAACGGCCCCGCGAAAUCUACACUGACCUUUUUCCACGGACCCUUUGGCAAAUCUGUCAUCUGUAGAGGCUCUCUGGUGUGACAGGGCGUGGUAGAUUGGCAAGCGAGGCAUUUCCCUACAUGCUUUUCGACCAUUGUGUCCAUACCAGGAAACCACACAUGGGCACGGAGUAACUGCUUUGUACGAACAAUCCGUUGGUGGCCUUCGUGAGCAAUCUUAACCAUGGGGCACAACAAUGCGUUCACCGCGGAGAACGAGCCCAUCAACUACGGCCAGUUCGUUGAAAACGUUAGAGUAGUUCCUCAAGUCUGCGUCUUUAUGGUCUAUACUCUUCUCUUCGACACACUUAGUCAAUUUCUGUAAUUCCUUGUCAUUUCCCAUUGUCCGAGCGUAUAUAACUUCUCCUCUGGAUUGGUGUGGCUUUGUGAUAUGGCUUUGUCGGUCUAUUUCAAUUCGUUCCGCUUGCUUAUCCGACAUUUCCUGGGAUCUUGCGAAAUCCAGGGCUUCCAUUAGGGUAUGAGGUUUGCUAAGCAACCGUCGUCUGACCCGCCUCGAUUUUCCUUUCUCUAUUAACUGCAGUUGAAUUUCAACAUCACGCCAAUCCGUCGGAAAAUCGCAUGGACCCGCAGCCAGUUUCAGGCGAGUAGCGAAGUCAUCGUAUGACUCCUCUUUCUCUUGAGUUAGCUGCCGAAACUGGUAUAUGUUAAAUAGGUGAUGUUUUCUGGGGUUCAAAAUAUUCCAUGAGUUUCUCAGCGGCGGUUUCGAAAUCCUCACCGGUGUCUUCUAGGGUGUCAAAAAUAUCUUGUACUUUUUGUCCUGCACAAUGUAAAAAUAAAGCUCUUUUCCUUGCUUUAUCCUUUAUGUUAAUUGCCAACGCGUAAACUUUACAUCUUUCCACGUAUUUUCUGAAGCGCGAACCCACCGAAGUUGGAUCCAUGUCGGGGUCGAAUGUUCCGUAAUUCAGGUUUGUAUCAAAACCAGCCAUUUUCCAAGAAAUAGAGGAACUCCUCGUCGUCAAUGUGAAGUCGCGAAUCGAGCUCAAAUAAACGGUUACAUUAUACACCCUUAGUUCCGUUAAUAGUCCUCCUACUAGUCCGUUCUACACUGUCCUAUAUGCAAAUCAAGUUCCUUUUUGCUUAGAAUGUUAACGCUCAUUCCGCAUCUAAUUAUCGUACAUUAAGUCCCUUGACACCCGACACUACAGAAGUUAAUUUUUUUGUCCGAUGUUUAGCGCCUUUUUGGAAUUUUUUAGGGUAAACUGAAUUGAAUUUUUGUUAUUAGUCAUACGUUAAGUACAAAUUGUCCAAGACCUUUAUAUUCACGAUACUUACCAACUUCACACGCACAUUUUGGACUGAUGGGAUGUGGUCUUUCAGGAAGGGAAAAAAGUUGUAAAAUUUGCCAACAUGGAAAAUCACGGUUGAGUUUGUUUACUCCCUCAAAACGAUUCAACAAUUUUAGCCAUGUGCAAGAUGUACAGUUUGAGUUUGGAAAAAGUUUUAUGUUAAAUAUUUGCUUGCUGUGAGGACAUCUACUCACCUACAGUCAUUACUGUAUCCAAAAAAGUAACAAUGAACACUCCUAUCCAGAACUUGUCAUUAAUGUCUUUAAGAUACCGGUAAAUAGUUGUUCAUUUUCUGUUGUCUAGAAUAAACAAACUUGACUGUGAUUUCUUGUAUUGGCAGAUUUUAUAACUUGUUUGCCCCCUGCGAAACCAUGUGACAUUGCUUUUAUCCCAUCAGUCCUUGAGCGCAAGCAAAGAUGGCAGGUGUUGUGAAUAAGGUCUAUUGUCCUGGAUGCGUGGGAUCAAUGUCGAUAGUCUGCAGGCAUGAUAUGAGACUCAGGCAUAAUGUAUGAGAGUUGGCAGGUAUCUGGACAUUCUCAUGCUGACCUUCUGACUCCAGUCAGUGUUAGGUCGGCAGUCUGUUGUUGCUCCAACCAAUUACUGUUUGGGUAAAAGUGGGGUGGGGCUUUCAAGUGAGUUCUUGGUAUCAUGGGAUGAGGUCAAUGUACACAACAUUAUAUAACUCCCUAUGACAGUUUAUCAAGAGAGCCAACGGCUUUUUGUAAGAUUUUUUGCCUACUGUAAAAUUUUUGAUAAACAUAUUUAAUAAUGAAACAUAAGGUUAUCAUGAAUAUAAUACUUUCAUUCAAGGCUAAUACAAGUCCACUAUUCCAAUUCAUUAGUUCAAUGUGGCUGGCAAAGUCGUUGUUAGUACAGUAGCCUUGGUAAAGUUUCAUGGCCUAUAUGGGCGCAUGACCAGUAGGGAAGCCUAGCUUAGGGAAGAUGGGGAGUGAUGGUACGUAGACUUUCUACGUUACUCUAGCAGAACUCUCAUUUCAAACAGAUGGGGUUGCUCACUGGAAUUUCAGAAUUAAAAAUGGGGCAUUUAUACAGCUGGAGGUUCUCCAAAGUUGACCACAUUUUCCAAAUCCAGCCUACCCCUACCAAGGGAGAGUAGUAGGACAGAGAGGGAAUCUUACGGCGUUGGCCUGGAUAUGUCAAUUUUUUGACCCAGGUGGCUUGAUUAAUUUUCCUUUUUUAUCAAUAUGGUGAGACUGUGAGGUGAUCAUCUUUUUUUAACCCAUGGAACAAGUUAUUGUGGGCACUGCGAUAUGCAAAUGUAUCACUCGGGUGUAGACACCGUUCAUAAUUAGUCAGCUCUGCACAAAAGUGCCCGAUAUCAAAAUGACAACUGUCUUAGAUCUAUCAUUCCCGUUCUGCGAUCAAGAAGUGCAUUGUGCCCAGAGCUUUUGAUGUUAUGAUUUUGUACCCUUCCAUGCGGCGAUAAGUUGUCUUCUUGUGGACUUUGAAUGUUUUAAAUUAGCACUAUAGCCAACUUUGAGACAGACGUUUAUGAACUUUUGAAGCUUUUUGACUUGUCAGGGGAUAAACAUGACAAAAAGAUCAGCAACUGCUCUUCAGCUCCCAAGUUGGUCCAAGCUCACGAUUCUUCCAUGAGUCUCACGAUUUUUUAACUUUUCUCCCGACAAGACUCCCAGUCUCAUGGUUUUUAGUGAAAUAUCAUUCUGAAAUGAAAUGUUUCUUUGUUCAAUAAAAAUGGGAAUGUUUACUGUUGCUGAAUCGUAAUUGAUUCUCCUCAUGUAAACGAAUACCAAGUGGUACAAUGCCGUCAGCAAGAGACUUCACGGCGGUUUUGCAUGACACUUGUCGGCCAUAUGCUCUUCAAAUGCGACGAAAUGAGUUAAAGCACGGCUUUUACUGUCAAAACCCUGCUUGUUUUGGUAGAAUAUAUCUUUCAAUUCUUCGUACUAAAUAAAGCUCUACUAGCUUCAAACAGCAUCCACCGGCAGAAUUUCAUGGGCAAAAAAUAUUAGAUAUGAUUAAUUUGACGUAGAGGAGUAUCGUUUGCUCUCAUGGCGCAAUAGAUAUCAUGUUGCUCUCAAACGCUAGAGGUCUGGGGUGCGACUCCCGCCCAAGGAAACUCUUUCUUUUUUCUUCGUUGUUUUGUUUUUGUUUCUCUUUUUUAAAAACUUAUUUUCAUAUUUUGGCGGACUUGAAUUACAAGUUAAUUAUGAGCUUUUCAUUUCUCAAAUAAUUAAUUUUAAUAAUAAUUAUUUAUUAAUCCACAAGUUAGCCAUAGGCACCCUUUAAGUGUUCUUGUUUUUCAGGUAACAGGAAUGGCGUUCCUGGGUGGGGAAAUUGGGGUAAACACCAUAUUUUGUUUUGAAAAAAUGAUCUAAAAGGAGUCAAAGUUGUUUUACAUUUAGGCAAUUACACCAUUCAGGGCUUGAAAUUGUGGCCGGUCAACAGACAAUGUCCUGAUCGAAACUCUCAUCAAAUCUUUGGAUGACUGGAUCUUUGUUCCAGUUGUUUACGCUUCUAAUGGAAAAUUCAACUAUUAAUUCAGGAGGGACCUGCUGUAGAAAUGAAGCUUGCAAGAACCCCCAAAUAUGGCAUAAUCAAGAACAAAGAGUAUUUCAUUCAGAUAUGAGACCAAUUGGCUUUGUUGAAUCAUGCUUCAAGGAGAAAAAUGGGAUUCCCAGACAACCAAGUGUGUGCCCAUCAGCGAAGGCAAAGUUGUGUGUGACUGUGGAAGGAUUUACCAACCCUGAACACUCUUUAGAAGGAUUGGAGAAGUUUUCACAUGUGUGGUGAGUUUAUAAUGCACAGAACAAGGCACCUAACGACUCUUUUCUGCAAAAUUACUGUUUGCAGGAGCAACUAUUGCCUAGAAAUUUGUAAAGACCUACAUGUAGAAAGGCUAAAUAUUUCUGUCCAAGAUAUUUGGAGGUUUUCUACUAAUUUAACUAUGUUUUUUUGAGAUUUUGUUUUUCGUUUAAUAAAUUACCAACUGAGAUUGUUUACAGUAAAAAAGGUCCUGAAAUUUUUGGAGUACAAUACUCAUUUCAGUCCCCUAGAAUCUUCUCAUGAAAGUAUGGCUACUCCAUGUCCCUGAACUUUCGACAAGAUUCAGAUGGGUGGUGGACAAAACACUGACCCCCAGUCCAUGGCCGACUACCUCCAUUGACUACUUAUGUAUGGACUAAGCUAAAAUGGACUAUUGUGCUGAAGUUUAGUGAUUACAGUUAGGAAACUGAGUGAAUUAGGUUCCAUUUAGGGUCAUUAAACUGGGAAAACUAACCUGAAACUUGAUUCACUCGGUUUCCUAACCCUGAUCACUAAACUUCAUGGUGUAGUCCAUUUUAGGGUAGUCCAUAGCGGUAGACAGUCUAUGGACUGGGGGUCUGUGUUUUGCCCGCUACUGAUUCGGAUGCGAAACGAAAAAACCACUUAAAACUUUGGUGAGGAUCAAAGUUCCCUUGACACAUCCGAACAGGUAAAAAGUUUUUAGGGCAGCUUCAAAUUAACCAAACAUGCUUCUUAAGCAUUGAGAGAACCAUUUGAGACACUUCUGUUGUAUUGGGAAACAUUCGGUCCUUGGGUGCCCCUGAUAAAAAUGUGUUUACUUUUCUCUGUUCCUGCUUAUUAUCAUGUACAUCAACUCUUUCCUUCCUUGUUAUGGGGCAGCAGAAGACUCUUGACUGGAAAUGCAGGAAAUUAGGGCACCGUUUUGGGUGGUUUGUUUCCUUACACCUUUUCUGUCACUGCAAUAAAUGUGCAGCGGUUUGCUUUUAAUCCAAACGUUGUAACGUUGUUUUGUUUCAUACACUUUAGGGUCAUCUUUUUGUUUCACAAGAACACCAACAAAGCCAUCAAAGCAAAAGUCAAACCACCUCGUUUAGAUGGCGGAAAGGUAGGGGUGUUUGCAUCUCGCAGUCCUCACAGGCCCAACCCUAUUGGACUAACAUUGGCAAAGCUCGAUGGCAUCAUUGGCAACACGUUGUUAUUGUCUGCUAUAGAUCUACUACAUGGAACUCCGGUACUCGAUAUCAAACCUUACGUCCCAGACUACGAUCAGCCAUUAGCUGUCGACAGCAAGGGCAAAUUGGAAUCUGAAAGCAGUAACGUAACUUUGUCCAGUAGCCAAGAUGUCUUACAAAUGCAAGAAACAGUGAAUGAACUUUCACUGAACUCUGUUUAUGAAGAAGUAAACCGAUGGCAUGAAACACCAAAUCUAGAAAACCUGGAAUCUAAGGCAACAUCAAUAAAUAUUGCGGAAUGGAUAAGGAAUCCCCCUGUUAAGGGACUGAAUGUUAAAUUCUCUGUUGAGGCCGUAGCACAAGUCAACCAUUUCCAUGGUAACUUGUCACAAGAGGAGGACUCACAAUCUGAUGAAUUGGCUGGGGAUGCCAAUAACCCAGUGUACUUACAGAGGUGUAAUUGCACUUCAAAGCCUGAACAGUUAUUAAAGAGCUUUACCUGUAAGAGGAAUUGUAAGAAUGAAACCGGCAGUGACAGUGUAGUUUGUUCAACUGGAAGGGAUUGUAGUAGCAUUGAUGAAAUUUCUUCGGAUGAGAAAGACAUCGAGUUGAUUAACAGUUGGAAAGAUGAUGUUGUAGAAGGAGUGUUUACUUCUCCUAGCCCUGUUGUAAGAGAAAACGAUAACGAAACUGUACAAGAAAAAAUCGGUGAAACUUCUACCCCUUUAUGUCAUGGCGAAGCUCAGCAGUCUCUCGUCCCGUGCAUAUAUCAACUAAAAAUGCUCUCUUCGCCAGAGGAGGCAAAGCAAGCCAUAACCGAUAUUCUGAAAGCAGAUCCCAGGUCAGUAUACAGACGGAACCAUUGUCAAGAUCAGUUAUAUCGCUUUAGCAUUGAUACAAUGAAUAUUACUUGUAAAUUUGAGGACUCCUCGGUUGAGGUGUUACAAAUAGAACCUGUGUACUUCAGAGAACUGGACAGAAACUACCGCGAUUAA